CCUCCAGCUCUGCCACGCACUCUCCCGUCUCCUCUCCUCCUCUGCACCGGGGCUUGCGUUUCAUGCCCAAAGCCCUGAUCUGCGCUCCAAAAAUAACCCUCAGCCAGCAUGCCGAAGGAAGCAAAACAAGAAGAGCGGUAUUUUUAGGGUCAUUAAUUUCGACCACGUGGCCCGAAGGUAAACCGGAUGGCCGUUGCGCAAAGGCUCCUCGUCAGUAUGUCCUGCGAGGCCGGCACGCCGCACUGGACGCUGACCGCGGUGGUUCUCCUGGGCUUUCUGCUGGGGAUCGUGUCAGCGUACCCUUUACCGAGCAGCAGGACGAAUGCAACUUUACUGGAGAAAAGAUGGGAGACCCUCUUCUCACGCUCUGUACUGGGGAUCUCCGGGGAGAAACCGGAGCUGAACUGGGAGAGUGACUAUCUGCUGGGCAUCAAAAGAGUGCGGAGGCUCUACUGCAACGUGGGCAUCGGGUUUCACCUUCAGGUCCUCCCCGACGGCAGGAUAAACGGUGUACAUAAUGAAAACCAGUACAGUCUAAUAGAGAUCUCUACGGUGGAGAGAGGAGUGGUGAGCCUAUACGGGGUGAAGAGUGAGCUGUUUGUCGCAAUGAACAGCCGUGGGAGGUUAUACGGAACGACAGUCUUCCAUGACGAGUGCCAGUUCAAGGAGAGCUUGCUCGCAAACAACUACAACGCCUACGAGUCUCUGGUUUACAGAGGCUUCUACAUAGCACUCAGCAAGCAUGGCCGCGUGAAGAGGGGCAACAAGGCCACCACUGCCAUGACUGUAACGCACUUCCUACCCCGAAUAUGAUGAGCAAAGACUGGCAAUAACAAACUUAUUUGCACAUGUGGAUUAUUUCCCAGGUAACAUAAAUACCGUAUACGUACGUACAAACACAAAAGACGAAAUGGACUGUAAAAGAAAGAAAUACA